AUGAGCUUCGGCCAGGGAAACCCUUAUGGCGACCCCAACUGGUAUGACCGCGCCUACCACAGCGCCUACUACAAGGAGACCCACAAGGCUUGGCGCAAGAGGUGCCGUGACUUCGUGGAGGAACACAUCAUCCCCUACGUGAGCCAGUGGGAGGUGAACAAGGCUGUACCCAAGGAGACGUAUAUCCAGUGUGCGGAGGCAGGCUUGCUGCCGAUCGUGGUGGGCGCACACUCGGGUGCUUUCGACUUGGUGCCCUACGAUGCACCCGAGGGCUUGGACUAUUUCCAUGAGUUGAUCUUCGUAGACGAGCUUGCCAGGUGCGGCAGCGGCGGCGUGUUGUGGGGCCUCAUUGAGGGUUUGCAGAUCGGAUUGCCGCCAGUGCUGAACUUUGGAAGUGAUGAGAUGAAGAAGCGAGUGGCACCUGAUUGCCUCAUGGGGAAGAAGAUCAUCUCCUUGAACAUCACAGAGCCAAAUGCUGGCAGUGACGUGGCGGCGCUGAAGUGCACGGCCACCAAGGAGGGGGAUUUCUACAUCGUCAAUGGCAACAAGAAGUGGAUCACCAACGGGAUCUUCUCGGACUACUUCACCUGCGCGGUGCGCACGGGUGCCGCUGGCAUGCGCGGCGUGUCCAUGUUGCUGGUGGAACGCAGCGAGGGGCUUUCGACCAAGCGGAUGGACUGCCAAGGUGUUUGGCCCAGUGGCACCACCUACGUGGAGCUGGACAAUGUGAAGGUGCCGGCGGCCAACCUCAUCGGCAAGGAGAACGAGGGAUUCAAGGUGAUCAUGAAGAACUUCAACCAUGAGCGCUGGGGCUUCACUGUCCAGGCGAAUCGCCUGAGCCGCGUGCUGAUCGAAGAGAGCUGGGCCUUCUCAAACAAGCGCGCGACCUUCGGAAAGAAGCUGAUCGAACAUCCGGUGAUCCGCUGGAAGCUGGCUGAGAUGACACGCCAGGUUGAAGCUCUUCAUCACUGGUUGGAGAACAUGACCUUCCAGCUGUGCAUGAUGCCCAAGGACCAGGAUCGGCCCAUGUCGUCGAGAGAUCUCGGUGUGGUCUCGGAUGUCAUGGAGUACUGCGCUCGGGAGGCGCGACAGAUCUUCGGCGGCAAUGCCUACACGCGUUCCGGCUUGGGCGAGAAGGCGGAGCGCUUAUACCGCGAUGUGGGCGCCUAUGCCAUCCCAGGAGGAUCUGAGGAGAUCUUGUUGGACCUGGCCAUCCGACAGGGCAACAAGUCCAAGCUCUAG